AAUUCCUGCUAAAAUUUAAAAAAAUUGAAACCAACAAAAAAAAAAGAACAAGAAAAAAAAUCAUAUAGAAAAAAAAGUGAAAUCCUGUAGGUCUCCAUCCUGAAAUGCAAUCACCAAAGCGCAAGUUAGUUUUACAUGACAUACAUUUUUGAUAAUUCACUUCGACAUUGGACAGUUUCACAACUCCCACGGUCUAGAGCCCGCCAAUCGGAUCUCGUGCUAUUUCUUUCAUCCCACAUAUUGGCACCAUAUUCAGUCAACGAUAGGGUUCGUCGGAUUUGAAAUUGAAAGUGUAAUCAUCCAUUGGCGAUAAUUAUGAUGGAGAGAGCAGAAUCAGGGCAAAAACUGUACACGCGUUUGCGACUCUGGGAAUUCCCUGAUCAAUAUGUGAUUGAACCAACGGAUGGAUCUUCCGGUGCACCCUUGGCCAUUAGUAGGAAAGAUGGCUCCAUGUCUCUCAUCGACCAAGUGCCACAAUGCAGUUCUGUGAGGGUUCCGAAGAUCCAGACUAUUUUCGGUGUGGUCGGGCUACUCAAACUCGUCAUAGGAUCAUACUUGAUAGUUGUAAAUGACCGUGAAUGUGUUGGGUCCUACAUGGGACAUCACAUCUUCAAAGUUACAUCAUUGAAGGUUUUCCCUUGUGAUCAUUCCCUGAAAAGUAGUACUACUGAACAGAAGAAGGUAGAAGCUGAAUUCUCUGCUCUUCUUAGUGUUGCGGAGAAGACUCAUGGUCUUUAUUUCUCAUAUGAGGCGAAUUUAACACUAAGUGCACAGCGAUUACAUGAUCUAGGUGAUGAGUCAAAAUUGGUUCCUCUGUGGAGGCAGGCAGAACCAAGGUUCCUAUGGAACAAUUACAUGAUGGAAGUCCUUAUUGAUAACAAGCUUGACCCAUAUCUUCUUCCAGUUAUCCAAGGGAGCUUUCAGAACUUUCAAGCAGCCAUUGGAAAAGACAUAGUUGAAGUCACAUUGAUUGCAAGAAGAUGCACUAGGAGAAAUGGCACUCGGUUGUGGAGGCGUGGAGCUGACCCUGAUGGAUAUGUUGCUAAUUUUGUGGAGUCUGAACAAAUCGUCCAGAUAAAUGGAUUUACAGCAUCAUGUGUCCAGAUCAGGGGCUCAAUGCCCUUCAUCUGGGAGCAAAUUGUUGACUUGACAUACAAGCCUAAGUUUGACAUUAUCAAACCUGAGGAAGCACCACGGGUUGCGGAACGUCAUUUCUUGGAUUUGAGAAAAAAAUAUGGCAGUGUACUAGCUAUUGAUCUUGUCAACACGCAUGGAGGUGAGGGACACCUAAGCGAAAAAUUUUCGACAGCAGUUCAGCCUGUUCUCAGUGACGAUAUAAGAUAUGUGCACUUUGAUUUCCACCAAAUCUGUGGGCAUGUUCACUUUGAGCGCCUUUCUAUCCUCUAUGAACAAAUUGUGGAUUUCCUGGAGAAGAGCGGUUACCUAUUGGUGAAUGAGAAGGGUGACAAAUUGAAGGAGCAAACUGGGAUUGUAAGGACAAAUUGUAUUGAUUGCUUAGACCGAACUAAUGUUACACAGAGCAUGAUAGGGAGAAAAAUGUUAGAACUCCAACUUCGAAGAAUUGGUGUUUUUGCUGCUGAGGAAACCAUAAGCUCGCAUCCAAAUUUUGAUGACGUUUUCAAAAUAAUGUGGGCUAAUCAUGGAGAUGAUAUAAGCAUCCAGUACUCAGGCACUCCUGCCUUGAAAGGAGACUUCGUAAGGCUUGGGCGUCGUACAACUCAAGGGAUCAUUACAGAUGGUAUUAAUGCCCUUGUCCGCUACUAUUUGAAUAACUUUGCCGAUGGCACGAAGCAGGACGCAAUUGAUCUCGUGCAAGGACAUUACAUUGUUUCAGUAAGUCGGGAUAUGAAAGCAUCAUCUCAAACUGGAGGGCUCGAGAGUGUAGCUCAGUCCUUCCCGCUGGCGUUUGCGGUGAUCAUGCUUGGGUUCUUUUUUGCGUUGUUAUCACUAAGGCAAGUGCCAUACGAUAUGAAGCACUUAUUCUUCUCAUUAUUGUGGGCAAGCUUUACAGUGGGCAUUGCAGCAUUUGUUAGGGCAAAUGGGCGAAUUUUCUGCAACCGGCCUCGUCUGCAUAAGCCUAGAUCAUGAACCCUUUUAACUCAAGACUUCUCAUGCAUACAGAUUUUGUUGUUCAAAUUCAGAACAGCCUCGUCUCCAUAAUGAGUUUUAUGUGCUCAAACUCACCCAUCUUAUCACGAGCACACCCUACUUGUUUUUCCCCUUCUUUUCAUGUGAUUUAUUUUCAUCAUCCCUUCUUCAUGCCCUUUUUGGUUAUAUUAGAUUAUCAAUGACAGUGGGAGAAUUUACUUGUGCCACUAUGAACUACGACAAUAAUUUGUUAUGACAGUUGCUAAAAAGUAAGCUAUAUUUUAAACCAUAGUAGUCUCCUUAUCUGAAUGC